UGCUUCACAUCUUUAACUGAAACACGCCGUUGAUGGGUUAAUGAAUAGUGCUUCACGUAUUGAUGAAGAGGACGAAGGAGUCUCGCAUCCCUAGCUUGGGGGAGCUUUGCAGGGUCUGAGGCCACUAAGCCGAUGUUUGGCAAAUAAUGAUUCACCCCUCCAUGCUUGGUACUUCCCAGUUCAUUUAGGAAGUACUCCCAACCCACUUUAGAAAUCAUCGACAAGCGGGCUGGUCGAACGGUGCUCGUAAACGUAUUAACGGUCAUAGGCGAUUUUCGAUUUUUGUCGAUCGCCUAAUGUUCACUAUGUAUUGCCUGUAACAAGCGAUAAGCGCACCAGACGACAGUCGUUCUCGUGGCGCGUGCAGCGGCAGACGACAGUUGGAGCGCGCAGUUCUGCUCAUAUAUGGACUAUAGGUACCUAUUGAUGGAAGCCUGCUCGCCGGAAAAGAUUAUCCCAGUCUUUCGGGAUGUGAUGGCGCCAUAAGAAGCAAACAUGAGGAGUGUUACUAUUGUGCUGGUGGAGCUGUUGCUUCUUUCCAUGGUGUACGCUGUUACUGUGAGUCCCGCAACGUCAGCCGGAGGUUCCAACACUUCAUCAGCCGCCCCACAGCCAGCUGACACUGUGAGUCCCGCAACGUCAGCCGGAGGUUCCAACACUUCAACAGCCGCCCCACAGCCAGCCGCAUCAAACGCCACAGCCAACGCUACGUCUUCGGAGACAGCAAAGACUGACAAUACGUCCGGGAAUGCUACUGUCACGCCCGGAAAAGAAGGUGCGACAGAGACCACCAGUAGUAACGCCUAUCGCAGAGAACAGUGCCACUGGUCCAACGAGGUAUGCUCCAGGAACACGGACUGCUGCAGCAAGAACUGUUACCUGGCACACGAGGGGACGGACUACCGAUGCACGCGGAGCUCCCUCAACCAGACCUGCGUCUUCGACUACCACUGCCGCGAUGGGCUCCACUGUGGCAACAACUACAGAUGCUGCUCCCCCUACUGGGAGAACUGUGUCUUGACCCGCGACUGCUGUGACAAAGAACAUGUGUGCACCUCCACCCCAGGAUUCAUAUACAAGAAGUGCCUUUACCCGGGGUCCGGCGUCCGAUCGUCGGCUGAAUGGAACAUGCUGGCUAUACUUCCAUUGUUGACUAUUUCCAUGGUAACAUCGUUAUGAGGUUUCGUAGCGCAUAGAUCUACCCGCGCACAGUGAUUUAUUACCAAAAGUAAUAUCUCUUCGAGAGUUGUUUAUUCAGUUUUAUAGGACAACUGGAUAGAAGGAUGAAACUGUCGAUAAAUGUAUGGCCGUUUGGUUCCAAUAAAAUAACGCCAUCACCCAACCCAUGAAACGUGCCUAUAGCUAUGACGUAGUACCACUGAGCGCCUCGAGGACAUGCAAACAAGGCUGUGUUGCCGGGAGGCUGAACGAUUUGAAGCAGGGAUGGUCGUAGGUUAGACUUUGUUUGGCGUUGUGUGCUUGGAUGAAGACUGAUGCGAAAUGUCAGAUGCAAAACUCCAUGAAGUAACUCGGCAACCAGUGAUACCCUUAUCUUGCUUUUCACUAGCUUCAGAGCACCAAGGGAGACGACGUUAUUUAGUAGAUUAUGAAGUUAAAGGUCACGAUGUCUUUUUAACAUGUCUCAGUUUGGUAGAAUGUUGUGAGUGACGUCACGGUGAUGAUCCACACUCGUGACAGAUAAACUGCCGGGGAAAAGAAAGUAUACACUUGAAAAUUGAAUUUGACCAAGAAUUACAAACGUUGUCAAAACAUUGCGCUGAAAACAGUUGCCGAAAAACUGCUAACUUGAUGUCCAAAGAUAACAAUGAUACCAGUUACAAACACAUCACCAUCGAAUAACCAUUUCUUGUUGGUUUCAUUUAUAGCUACCGUCAAAUGUGGGUGCAUACUUUCUUUUACCCGACAGUUUAUAUACAUAUAGACAUUUUACUUCGGCUGUCACGAACUCCAUGGGUUAUAGACAUUAUUUGCAUUCAGCCGAAUACUUCAAUUAAGAGACUGCUCAGGUCUGUGAUGUUAUUCCCUAUAUCCAGACAAAAUUGUAGAUUCAAACAUAUAUUAAUUAGAGUAACCAUUGGGCGUUCUUCCCAAGCGCUGCGUCACCAAAAUCGAUGCUCACAUUUUCGUGCUUUUUAGCAUCACGGUUAGUCCCGCACAACAAACCCCUGGUGUUUAUUACACCGGUGUAUUGUUCAGUGAAGGGAUUGUGACUUUUUUAGGUCACGUGUUAACUUAGGUCUGGCAGCCCUUGGAUAUCGGUCGAUGACCACCUUUAACAUUUUGAAAAGGUUUACCAUGUGUAAGAUAUUUGUGGCUGUUGAAAUCCUAUUGUCACGUUUUUUUGUUUGAGGUUUUGUUGAUACCUGUUUCUCAAUUUCCUGUUUGUGUAUUAAUAGAAACUAUAACUGACUUAAUAUAUAUCUGUUAGAGACCUAGAUGUGAAGAGGUGAGACAAACAGAAUAACAUGUAACGAAGCCAUUGUUUGAUACAUAAGUAAAAUGUUUUUUUACGUGCAGCUUCCCUCAUUAUCAGUUCUUAACCCUCAGCUAAGCAUUACGUGGUUUCCGGGACGGUUUUGUACUACCCUUAGUGUAUAAUUUCCCUCAUUAUCAGUUCUUAACCCUCAACUAAGCAUUACGUGGUUUCUGGGACGGUUUUGUACUACCCUUAGUGUAUAAUUUCCCUCAUUAUCAGUUCUUAACCCUCAGCUAAGCAUUACGUGGUUUCCGGGACGGUUUUGUACUACCCUUAGUGUAUAAUUUCCCUCAUUAUCAGUUCUUAACCCUCAGCUGAGCAUUACGUGGUUUCCGGGACGGUUUUGUACUACCCUUAGUGUAUAAUUUCCCUCAUUAUCAGUUCUUAACCCUCAACUAAGCAUUACGUGGUUUCCGGGGCGGUUUUGUACUACACUUAGUGUAUAAUUUCUGUACGAGGGUUCAGUAAUGAAUAAUAUAUUAAAGACACAAUAUUAUUGAUACUUUUCCUAUAAGGGUAUUGAGCUACCUCGGUAUAUAAUUUCUGUCCGACGGUUGAGUAAUGAAUAAUUAAUUAAAGAAAAAUCCUCAUGUUUAUUUUUUUCGAUAAGGGUCAUUUAUUACACUUUGUUCACAAUUUUAAUAACAAGGUUUCGGUAUAUACUAUUAAUUAAAGACCAAGUACGAAAGAAAACGUCUCUUCUAGGGACAUCGAACUGCUCUUAGUAUUCGAUUUCUGAAGAGCGUUGCAGUAACAAAACGCGAUAACAUAUAGUGCUCAUAUACAAAUGGCGUUGAAGGACCUCUUUGGUUUUCAGAUACGUAAUUAAUUCAUCACCAAGAUCAAGUUAAGAUUAUCGUGUUUUACAUUUUCAAAUUUAUAGAUGAUGUAGGUUCAAGAGAGGUGGUUUCGUGUAAUAUAUAAAUAAUGUUUUAUAAUCUGCAUUCAGUACAAGGAUUUCCUUAGAGGACAUAUGUUGGAGAUUGUUGAUUUUCCCUUCAAAUGUAUUUACGUAUCAAGUAAUCAUUUAGCUAUACAUUAUAAAAGACGAUUAUUCUCUGUGUAUAUUGCGCUACUGAAACAAGAGCAUUAUUAUUCAUUACAUUAUUUUGUUUUCAUUUUCGUGAAAUGUGUAGCUGAGAUAUUAUUAAGUUUCCAUCUUGUCUGGUAUUGUUAUGGCUAUUUGCAAAGCUGCACUUAAGAAUGCAUCUUGGUUUUUAUUCAUGAUCGGGAAAUGUGAAAUCAUGUCCUCCUCCUAAGAAAAUUUACAUGUGUCGAGGACUGCAUUCAAAAACCGUUACAGUAGGUUAUUCCUUAUACAUUUGUAAAAAAUCAAUAUUAUUCAUGAAUUUGUCAUUCCUGCACCACUCGGGUCCUCUCUGAUUAUUCUGCUACCUAUAUAAUGCCUUGGGCGACACCAGAUGGGAGAUACUGCGCGGGUUUCUGUGAAACGUGUAACGCCAGAUCCUGGUGCAUAUAUACACGACAUCCAUUUAUUCUAUUCAUAACAGAAAUAAGGUGUACACUGUAACUUGAAGACAAAAGCAAACGGAAAUAAUUUGAAUUGUCAUGUAUAGCGGCUGCCGCAAGGUUAUGUCACAUGACGUCACGUCCACGCAACUAGUUCCAGUGUUGAUCCAUGCCAGUGCUGGCUGGGUUUGCUCUGGUGUAAAACGAGUGACCCUGUCCAAGAUAUAGUCUGUCAUGUGCAUGUCCGUAUCAUAGAGUACCAUAACUGACGCCUUUGGUUGGCAUGGAUUCACGUCCAUCCGGAUGUCCUCUUUCCUCUUUAGAAUGUGUUUCCACUUUCAAUGUACUGUCGAUUAUUCACGAGUAGUUAGGAUAUAUUCUUUUCUUCACAAGAGAAAACUUUUUGGUACACAACAUCCGCAAAAUACAAGAACUGUUCGAACGUCGAUGUAGUAAAAUAUGUUCGAUGAUAGUUACUAGGCAGUUAUAUACCUGCUGAUGUUUACACAAGAAAAUAUGGUCUGUCAUGUAAAUUUUCGGUCUAAGUAGGGCAAGCAAAUGGAGAUUACUUCAAACUGGUCUAAAAGUUGGCCAAAGGACAUUCUUGAGCUCAAUAUGACGAACAAGGUAUCUUAUGAUUUCGGAAAAUCACAAAAUAUUAAUCCUAUUAGCCAAUAUUGUGCUCUUUCUCGUGCAAGACUGAAAAAUAUAACGUGACCAAAAUAUAUUUGUCCUUUGGUAUGUGCUGAAAGUGUCAAUAUAUUCCUUCUGGGUCUUAUACAUUUUCAGCAAUCUGGAUCACCUGACUACCUCGCAAGUAAAGUAUGAAUUAUCUUAGAGAGUCUAAAACGUAUAUGCGCCGUGUAUGUGUUCAAUCCUCUGCAAUUGAGGGAAACUAUACAUAAUUUACCUAUGAUGUUUUACUUAAUAAGGAUAAGAUAUAUGGAUGAACAACUUCUUUAUUACAAUUAAUUUAUGAUUACAAUUGUAAUAAAGAAGUUGUUUAUCCAUAUAUCUUAUCUUAAGCUGUUCAUCCAUAUAUCUUAUCCUUACUUAUUUUUCCAACAUCUUAUUGCCUCUGAAAGAAUAUGCUUUACUUUAUCAAACAUAAUGAUGCCUUUUAAGCUAUAUAAUGCACCUGCAUCUCCCAAUGUGUCUUCUGAAAGGGAAGUUGGUUUGGGUGUAUCAAAUGCGUUAACAUUUGUUAUAGAUGGGUAUUGUUAAACGUCAGGCGCAACGUUCUAUAACGUCGGGUGAAACGGCCAUAUUUACCGUCGAACACACAAUCUAUAUUUCCUAUGGAGACAUUCAUGUAUACCACCUCACUGUGUCAACAUGUUUGUGAAAAGAAGCAUUAAUAGCAUCAAGCUUUUGGUUAUAGUAACGCUAACACCAACUUCAUAAAAGGUUAAUCUCCAUGAAAACAUCAUGAUUUACAUAAUUAUGUCAAUGAUGGUUUUAAAAAUGGGAAGAAAAAAACAUUCGCAAUUACAUAUUUCACAUGCAGUGACAUUUCCCUCGUUAAUAUUGCACAAAUUGAUGUGUAUACUGUAUGUUCUUCCAUCACACGUGAAUGCGUACAAUAUGCGGCGUUGAAGUGAGGCGUGCCUAGUUUAAAGUCAAGAAAUGAAACGAGAACGUGGGUCUUUGAUGAAGUCAAACGAGCCUUGUCGCAUGACACUGAUGCAAUGUAGAGAGCGGAUGGCUGAGAGGUUGUGGCACGUGUUGCACGAGAAGUUUGGCCGGUUAUACGAUGUAACCUGAGCACUCAUUGGUCAGAGCACUUCUCCCUCGCUGGAACCAGGCCGAGGCUUGAUAAAUUGGUUAAAAAUAGCAGCUUCACUUCAAAUUGGUUGUAUGUAUUCACUGGUGAUGGACGGACGUGUAUACAAACCCGUGAAGUACUGACGAAGCGAAAUUGGACUUAGAGAAGCGUUACGAAGCAAAUGACCCUCGGAUGCAUUUGAGCAGUUUAUUACUGUUUGGAACAUUUUGUCUCAAAGUAAAGGAUAGACAUUUCUGUUCGACGUACUUUCCUGGCUUCGUAACGACAACAUCGUUGUACAGUCCAAUUUAUGACGUCAUAACUCGACAAAAAGUUGAUUACUGCUACUGUGGAAAAUGAGUAUUGUCUAUCAAACAAUAGUAUAGUCUCGAUUUUUUUACCGUUAUGACGUAUGGUCGCUUGUCUAUCACUGGUAUGGUUCUGUAUCCAUCCUUAUGAUAUGAGGUCAUAUGUCCACAUUUCGACGUUUCACGUCACACCUGACCAUCGUGACGUUUCGUCACGUACAUGCAUUGUGACGUGCGGCCACGUCCUUACCAUUGUGACGUAUUUUCAACUAUGUAGUCUGGUGAAUGUUGGUAGCUCAGACUCGUGGGUAUUGCAUAUAAUCUACAUAUACGUUGCCAUGACUGUCUAUGUGUCUAGGUGUGAUGUGUGAUCGGUAGUCUAUGUUAUGAUAUCUUUAGCCUUAAGGUUAACAAUUUUGUGCAUACAUAUCGCCUUCAGAAUCGUUCGAACCUCCAUAUAUGUUUAUGAACGCUGCGAAAUGAUCAAAGCAUGUUAUAAUGAGAUAUAUAUUUAAUGUUGAUAAUCCUCUGUUUGUUUUUCUGUGAUUUGACAAAUAUCCUACAAUAUUUGUAUUUUAUUGUGAAUUCUUAAUUUUUUAUUAUUAAAGCGAACAAAGAUCGUCCAGUGAUCAAAAUCGACGUUAUUUCUUGAUGUGCAGAGUUACGUCCCUUAGGUGUGCCAGAAACCUGUGAUAUUGGGUUCGAAUACCAGAUUUAAGAUUCUUUGUUUGCCAGGGCCUUACACGUGUUCGUGGGUUUUGUGGGAAACCGUCUGUAUCACUUCAGGCUUUUCCUCCACAACAAACUGACUAUAACUGAAAUAAUGGUCAAAUCGACGUUAAACCCAACUCACUAACUCACUUUUCCUUAGAGCCGACACAGUUACUUCUGUUUAUUCCUCGUCCAUGUUCGUGACAUUCCCUAACAGUUCGAGAAAACUCGUCACUUCUCGUAUCUUUCCGUAACACAGUCACGGAAAUACACGAGAGGUCACGAGUGAGCACGGGAACAAAAUACAAAACAAUUUUUUGUCGCAGUCAAGGCAAGUUUACUGAUAUCGAAUGAACAUUACAGCUCGUAACUCUAUUGGUGUUCAAUUUGUUCAAGGUGAUUUCGAAAAAUUAUAUAUGAUAAUAUAUAAGAUCUGACGACAUAAAAACGGUCUUUUUAAUGGGAAAAUGAGGAGUGCUGUUUGCAUGAGUUUACUGAAUGUUCGAAUUUGGAAAUUAAUGGUUGGCUUUGAUGAGCAGAUUCUUCCUUGAAUAUACUCAGACCAUACUUGUCACUGUCAAAAGUCUUUAAUAACAGAUAAUGGAGAUAUUCUGUAAACUGCGUUUAAGCGGACAAGUGUGAGGUAAAAAAAUUGAUUCUUUGUACACAGCAUUCUUCAUAAAAAAUAGCUAAUACGUAAAUGUACGUGCCCAAAUGUUACUGUAGGCGUCAGAUGAGUAUAAAUUUCCAAUGUACACUUUUACACAAUGUAUAUGUACAUGACUUUUCUUGCUUUUAGUUUUGAAUUUGUAACAGUGAAACAUGUUAUUUGACCAUAUGAUUUUUUCUGUCUGGCAUAACAAUGGUAUUUCGGAACGUUCAGUAUGUGAAAUCACUGGUAGUCUUUGCCCACCUUUGGAUUUGAAAAAAAGAAUAUACAAAUCCUUUCAGAGAAAGAAUUAUUUCGUAUGCAGGAUUAUAGUUAUUAAUACUGUAGUAAUAAUUUGCUGUAAUUCAUGUUAGCGAUCACUGUAAUAAUCAAAACGUAUUCUCUUGUAUCUACUCUGCAUUGUACGCGAAAAGAUAUUUCUAUAGUUAGGGUAUUUCUGGUGAACAUUUAUUUAGUAUUGCCAUUAACCAAACUUUUUUUAUACUUAUGUACUAAAUGUUUAUUUUUAAAGUGUUCAUUUUGUUUGUUUUGGCAUGUUGAAUUCCCGAUUAUCCAGUGUGUUAUGUCUCAGUUGUAUUAUGAUACGCUCCCUGGGCACUUCUCCUGGGAAUAUUCGGUUCGGAGGUUAUGCCACCAUCAAACAUUUCCCUCGCUUGUGUGUGUACUUUGAUUGGACGGUUAUUUUUAGCGUCGUGUAUUUCACAUCGGUAGAGAGCGUCCAGGGUAUUUAUCCUAUUAGAAUGGAGAUUUAAUACGCUGGAUAAUCGAGGAUGAACACGUUGCUAUUGAAAUGUGUAAUCUAUGCAUGGAGUGCUGCGUUGUUUGUAUAAAGUACAACGUUGAAGUUAUUAAUAAAUUGUUGUUUAAGAA